CUUGAUCUCAAGCUCAUUAUUCUCUUCAUAAACCAAAAGUCGCUUUUAAUCCUCUUCAUACUCAGUGACAAAAAGAAAAAAAAAUCCUCUUCAUACUAUUCGCAUAUCAUAAAACCGGCUUCUAAACCUAAUUGUUUCAGGUUAUUACAAACCGAAGUUCCAAAUUCGCCAGAUCAAAUCUUUUUGAGAUAUUGCUGAAAUAAAGUCUGGAACAUGGAGAAGCUUCUUAAUCCGUACGAAAAGCAGUACAUGAAAAUGGCUAUGCUUAAACAUGAAGAGACUUUCAAGCAACAGGUAUAUGAACUUCAUAGGUUAUAUCAAGUUCAGAAGAUUUUGAUGAAGAGCAUGCAGAUCAACGAGAGGAAUAAUGUAAGUUCAGGACUAGUGACGUUCACCAAGAGAGGUGACCAUGGUAUUGACCAACCGGCGAAUAUUCCUGGCGGAGUAGAAUCAGGUAGUAAUAAAAUAGAGAUUAUGGACGAGAGUGAAAUCGAGUUAACGCUUGGACCGUCGUGUUACGGUGAUUUGAUGAGAAUGAACAAGAAGAAAAAGAAUAAUUCUUUACCGGAGAUGAUGGAAGGAAAUUUAAAUUCCGGCCGCCGGAGUUUCUCCUUGUCUUCGACAGAGUCUAGCAAUAAUAACCACAACAUUCUUGAAGAGCAAAUGAGACAAGAGAGAUUAAUGAAACAUCAGAAGCAGAAGCAGCCAUGGCUUCAAACAUUGACCUUGAAUGUUAUUUGAUAAUAACAAAUAACAUUCAUAUAACCUAUAUUCUGAAAUAUUCAUUUCCUUUUCUCAGUCUAGUAUUUUUCCUUUUUCUCAGGUAAUGUUUUAAUGCUAGCUUAUGAGUAAUUUUCUUCUUUUGUACUAGUUCUUUCUAGGUUUCUUGUAAAUAAAACCGAUAGGAAAGUUUUUUUUAACAAAGAUAAUUAAAUAACUGAGUUCAACUUGUAUAAUUUGCAUUGCCAG